UCCCGGUAGGCAUUGCGGCAGCGCUUUCGGCGCCAGGCCGCGGUGUGGUGGCUUAGGUAGUUACCAUGGAGUUGCGCUGGGUAACCCUGAGGUAGUGAGUGGGACGCCGAGGCUGGAGGGGCAGCAGCUACGGGGAACAAUCCCUAAACCCAAAGGAAUGAAUCCCUAAUGGUGGCGUUUCAGGCAUCAGUGACAGGCUGAACCCGGACUUCCAGGGCCCAUGCUUACACCGGACAAAUUAUGGCCUGAGCCAUGAGCACACAGGACUACAUGAACACUUCGGUGCAAGAGCCCCCUCUUGACUACUCCUUCCGAAACAUCCAGGUGAUUCAAGAUCUGCUGAGCGAGGAGCCAAGGAAAGGGCAGCGACCACUAAAGCACUCAAAGUCAGGGAAGUCACUGACGCAGUCCCUGUGGCUGAACAACAAUGUCCUCAAUGACCUGAGGGGCUUCAACCAUGUAAUUUCACAGCUGCUGCAGCAUCCAGAGAACCUGGCCUGGAUUGACCUGUCUUUCAACGACCUGCCUUCCAUUGACCCUGUCCUGACCACUUUGUUCAACCUGAGUGUCCUCUACCUCCAUGGCAACAGCAUCCAGCGUCUCGGAGAGGUGAAUAAACUGGCCAUCCUCCCUCGGCUCCGGAGCCUCACACUCCACGGGAACCCCAUGGAGGAAGAGAAGGGGUAUAGGCAGUAUGUGCUGUGCACCUUGCCUCGUAUCACCACGUUCGACUUCAGUGGGGUCACGAAAGCAGACCGCACAGCAGCUGAAGUGUGGAAACGAAUGAACAUCAAGCCCAAGAAAGUCCGGAUCAAGCAGGAUGCACUCUGAGGUUCCCAGGACUGCAGCCAUCCUGAAGGCCUGAGCACAGCCAGUGUUGGUUUGACAAUACAAUAAAGGAUUUGAGCUGUUCA